AUGAUACGGAAAACAUUUUUUAUCUAUAUUAUCUCAUCAAUUCUUUUAGCAGAUCCAAAUGUUGGAGGUAAUUGAAUAGUACCUAUUUGAAUAGUUUUUUGUUUUUUUUAGAAAGGAUCCAGAAUGCUUAUGUGGCCAGAGGUGAACUUCACAGAAAUCUUAUGAAAAAUUAUAAUGCCAAAGUUGUUCCUGGAACAAAAGUUUCAAUAAUGGUUGAAAAUUUGAUUCAUCAUGUUUCAAUUAAUGAGAAAGAGCAGACAAUGAAAGUGAAUAUGGAAAUGAAAUUGGUAGGGGAAUAGAAGAAACUUGUACAGGGCCAAAUUAAAUCUGAAUGUUGGAAUUUUGAAAAUCUGAAAAAAAAAUUCGAUUUGAGAGCUGCCUUAUAAAUUAUUACUAAAAAUAAUUAUUUUCCAGCUCUGGGACGAUAUAAAUCUUACCUGGGAUCCAAAAGAUUAUCAAAAAAUCAAUCAACUCAAUUUGUAUUGGCACGAAGUUUGGACCCCUUGGUUGGUUCUUGCAAACGGUAUAAAAUUUAGAGUACCAUCUGACACCAUUGUUCAAGCAAAAUUGAGUUCUCCACCAACCUUUUCUACCAUGGUUUAUACUCUGAAACUGGACGCAACAGUUCGAUGUGAUUUUGAUUUUUAUGAAUAUCCAUACGAUUUACAAGUUUGUGAAUUGCGAUUUUUUAUGAAAGAUCUAGAAUGCGAAUUUUACGGAUAUAAUGUUCAAUAUAUGAAUCACUUGGAGAAAAAUAUUAUAUCAAAUUAUGAAAUUCUUCAUAUUUUAUCGAAUUUGGUGGAUGAAGGAUUUGAAGAAGAUGUAUUGCCACAAACACAUAUGCUUAUAAAAAUUGUUAUGAAACGUCGAUCGCCUCUGUUUUUUGCCACUUUUACUGCGCCUACUAUUGUUCGUAGAGUCUGAGGGAUAAACAGAACAUUUCACAGAUUUUUCGAGUAGAGAUGUUAUUUAACUCUCACUCUCAUGAAAAAUUUCUGUGAAUUGAACAUUUCUGAAUUUUUGAAAUGUUUCCAAGUUUUUUCUAGGCUACUCAAACAUUGAUGUUCAAAAAAAAUUCAACUUUUUCAGAUUUGCUCAACUCUCAUAGUUUUAUCAUUCCUCUUACCUUCAAAACUUUCCUGCGUCUUAUUGAUUUCAUCACUGUUCAUCCAGUUCAUUUUCCUUCAUGAUAUGAUAAAUAAGCUUCCAAUAGCUGUCAGUUAUCCUCCAAAAUGCUUUAUGUUAUACGCAAUUAUACUGUCUAUAACAUUCUUCAGUUUAUUGGGAAAUUUGGGAUUUUCCCAAAGACAUGGAUCGCAAAAAAAUCGAAAAAUAAUUGGAAUUAUUUUGGCUGUAAUUUUCAGUCUGAUGGUCGUAUUGUUCUCUAUUUAA